AUGGCGGCUCUGCAGGAGAAGAAGUCCUGCAGCCAGAGGAUGGAAGAGUUUCGGCACUACUGCUGGAAUCCGGACACCGGGCAGAUGCUGGGCCGCACCCCGGCCCGCUGGGUGUGGAUCAGCCUCUACUAUGUGGCCUUCUACGUGGUGAUGACUGGGCUCUUCGCACUGUGCAUCUACGUGCUGAUGCAGACCAUCGAUCCGUACACGCCUGACUACCAGGACCAGCUGAAGUCACCAGGGGUGACUCUGCGGCCUGAUGUGUACGGGGACAGAGGCUUGGACAUUUCCUACAACAUCUCUGACAACAGCUCCUGGGCAGGCCUGGUGCACAUGCUCCACAGCUUCCUAGCAGGGUACACCCCUAUGUCUCAGAGGGGCAGCAUCAACUGCUCGUCCGAGAAGUAUUUCUUCCAGGACAACUUCAGGGCCCCAAACCAUACCAAGUUCUCCUGCAAGUUCACAGCGGACAUGCUGCAAAACUGCUCGGGCCUGACAGACCCCAGCUUCGGCUUUGAGGAGGGGAAGCCGUGCUUUAUCAUCAAAAUGAACAGGAUUGUCAAGUUCCUCCCCAGCAACAGCACGGUACCUCGCGUGGACUGCGCCUUCCUGGACGAGCCCCACCGGGAUGCCAGGACCCUGCAGGUGGAGUACUACCCGCCCAACGGCACCUUCAGUCUACACUACUUCCCCUACUAUGGGAAGAAAGCACAGCCCCACUACAGCAACCCCCUGGUGGCAGCGAAGCUGCUCAACAUCCCUCAGAAUGAGGAGGUCGUCAUCGUGUGCAAGGUCCUCGCCGACCAUGUCACCUUCGACAACCCCCACGACCCCUAUGAGGGUAAGGUGGAGUUCAAGCUCAGGAUUCAGAAGUAAAGGCCGGGGCAGGCCCUGGACUGCAGUGGCCUCUGCCCACCGGGGGACCAUCACUGUGCAUGCAUGGCAACGCCAGGAAGCACUUGGGUCUGGGUCUCACCACUGUAUCAGCUGUUCCCCAUCAAAUCCUAUGCUUUGUUUUCUUUUUGUUUUGAGACAGGGUCUAAGUUUCCAGGCUGAACUUGCCAUCCUCCUGCCUCAGCCUCCUGAGUAGUUAGGAUUUCAGGCUUGCACCAUUACACUUUUACUGUGCUUUGGAUGGAACCUCAGUCAGGAUAAGAUGUGGUUACCUGAAGGCAGCCCCUGCCCAGUGAACCCAGCCCUAUGAUCACUCCUCUUCCACAGACUUCUCUUCCUAUGACUUAUUUUUUCUAGACUUUAAUAUGAACCACCAUUCAAGGCAACAUAAAACUAGAAGCACAGACAGCAAACAUGGCUUCCAACAAUGCACAUUCUGAAUUCUCCCUUCUAAAGAUGUAAAAACAAAACACAUUAAAGUUACUCUUACUCUAUGUAAGACAGUCACAUCUUUCCCAACCUGGGAGAACAGAUAACUAAAA